GAAAACGAGUCAAUAAGACCGUAAGAAACCGGCAUAAAAAACUGAACGGUGAAGAAAAUGAGUACCCUCUCGUCGUCAUCAGCCGUUUCAUCCGGCCAUAGAAGCAACCUCCGCAGAAAAUGAGUCAAUCCAAUGUUUAUUUCGGUCAUAAACAACACUCCGCAUAAUCCAAUGGGUACGAAACCGGCCAUAAAAGCUUUCGAUUUUGAACCGUAGCGCCCUCAAACCCCGCUGGUCUACCCUCUCGUCAUCAGCCGUUUCAACCAUGCUUCUCCUCCUCUGUGACGUCGAGGAGCCUUGGCAGCUUCUGCCAUUAAUCCGCUUCCCACCUGCAAAGGUAAGCGUUCUACACUAUACUCUCCCGGUCAGACGUGCGUUACGUUUCCCCCCCGGCCUCCCCCUAUAUAUAUACUCUCUGUUUUCUCCUUUAGUGCGUGACUUCUCACAGUUUCCACCCAAGCUAGCUUCAAUCUUCAGACGUGAGCUCUCUCCCCUGCACCACCUUCUUAAUUUUAAGAUAAAAGACAAUGGAUGAUUCAAAUUCCCAAAUAUGUGGUAAUGUGGACUCUUUUAUGAGGAGCUAUAAGCUUGGCAGAACUCUUGGCAUUGGGUCCUUUGGUAAAGUGAAACUAGCUGAGCAUGCAUUGACCGGGCAUAAAGUUGCUGUCAAGAUUCUUAACCUCCAAAAUAUGAGAAAAAUGGGAAUGGAAGAUAAAGUCCGAAGGGAAAUGAAAAUACUGAGGUUGUUCAUGCAUCCUCAUAUCAUACGGCUUUAUGAAGUGACAGAGACGACAUCGGAUAUCUAUGUCGUGAUGGAGUAUGUGAAAUCUGGUGAAUUGUUUCAUUACAUUGGUCAGAAGGGCCGUUUGCAGGAAGAUGAAGCCAGGAAAUUUUUCCAACAGAUCAUUUCUGGCGUGGAGUAUUGCCACAGGAAUAUGGUAGUCCAUAGAGACCUUAAGCCAGAAAAUAUUCUAUUGGAUUUCAAUUGUAAUGUUAAGAUCGCCGAUUUCGGAUUGAGCAAUGUCAUGCGCGAUGGUCAUUUUUUGAAGACCAGCUGUGGUAGUCCCAAUUAUGCUGCUCCGGAGGUCAUUUCGGGAAACUUUUAUUCUGGCCCCGAGGUUGAUGUGUGGAGCUGUGGUGUAAUCUUAUAUGCUUUUCUCUGUGGGAACUUGCCAUUUGAUGAUCAAAAUAUCCCAAACCUUUUUAGGAUAAUAAAGAGUGGAAUGUACACUCUUCCUAGCCAUGUAUCACCAGGUGCAAGGGAUUUGAUCUCAAGAAUGCUUAUUGUUGACCCGAUGAAGCGAGUUACUAUUCCUGAGAUUCACACACACCCUUGGUAUCAAGUUAAUCUGCCUCACUAUCUAACUGUUCCUCCACCAGAUCCCAUGGAACAGGCGAAAAGGAUUGACAGAGAAAUACUACAAGAAGUGAUUAACAUGGGAUUUGAAAGAAACAAUCUCAUUGAGUCUCUUCUCAACAGAGUUCCAAAUGAGGGAACUGUUGCUUAUUACCUGCUACUUGAUAACCGAUUUCGUGCUUCCAGUGGAUAUCUGGGUGCUGAAUUUCAGGAAUCGAUGGAUUAUGGUUCGAACCAUACGAACUCAAGUGAUUUUCUUGGAUUACCUUCUUGGCAACACUUUGCUAGUUGUCAACCAGUUGAUGAAAGACAUCAAUUUCUAGUCGAAAGGAAAUGGGCUUAUGGGCUGCAGUCCCAAGCUCGUCCGGGUCAAAUAAUCCCGGAAGUCCUUCAAGUCCUACAUGUGCUGAACGUGUGUUGGAAGAAAAUAGGGCGUUACAAUAUAAAAUGCUUGUGGACUCCCAACCUUCCCGGUCACUAUCACGAAGGAGUGAAUGAUGUCAAGUUUGAAGUUCAGCUGUACAAAACUAAGGGCAAAUUCCUCUUGGAUCUGCAAAAGGUGCAGGGACCAGAUCCCAUCUUUUUGGAUUUUUGUGCUGCUUUCGUCUCGCAGCUUAAGUUCUCUAAAGCAGCAGGAGCUUGUUUCGUUCAAAGUGCUACCCCUUAAUGAAUGUGUAGUAUGACAAUAUUGCUUGCAUGAAUGUGCAGUGUACAUGCUGGUAAUAUUGUGCAUUGGACAUUAUGGCAAUAUGGCAAUAUUGCUUGCAUGAAUGUGUAGUGUACAUUAUGGUAACAUUGUGCAUUGUACAUUGUACAUUAUGGCAUUGUAUCUCCCUGGAAUAUGUGGUUUAGAC